AUGGCGAUAAAUACCGCCUUUGUCGCACAAGGUUUUUACCAGCAACCAGGUCUUGAUUAUCAUGAGACUUUUGGUCCUGUUGUUCGGCCAACUACAAUACAUAUAGUUCUUUCUCUUGCUAUUUCCUUUGGUUGGUCAAUUCGACAACUUGAUGUUAAAAAUGUUUUUGUUCAUGGUAUUCUUAAUGAGGAAGUCUUCAUGAAACAACCUCCUAGUUUUACCCAUUCAGAUUAUCCACGUCAUGUUUGUAAAUUAACUAAAGCCAUUUAUGGUCUAAACCAAGCACCACGUGCUUGGUUUCAUCGCUUUAGUACAUUUCUUCUCACCCAAGCUCUUGAGGAUGGUACCUUACUUUCGAACCCAAGUGAGUAUAGGAGCAUGGUUGGUGCACUUCAAUACUUGACAAUGACUCGUCCUGAUAUUGCCUUUGCAGUUGAUAUUGUUUCUCAAAUUAUGCAUGCUCCACGAACUACUCACUUGUAUUGUGUCAAGCGUAUGCUUAGAUAUUUGCAGGGUAUACCGGUACAUGGUUUAUUUCUGCGUGCUUCUUCAUCCAAUUCUAUUGUCACGUCCUAUUUUGAUGCUGAUUGGGCAGGUUGUCCUAAUACUCGCCGAUCUGCGACGGGCUAUAUGGUGCUCUUGGGUUCAAAUCUCAUAUCUUGGCAUGCAAAGAAGCAACCUACUGUUUCUAAGUCAUCUAUAGAGGCCGAGUAA